UGUUAAUAACAGUGAUAUCGGCCGAAUAACGUGUUUUCGAAGCCGCCUUAUCAAAAGUUCCUGCCGCGAGUGCCGCCGACACGUUGUAAUAACAAACGUCUUAAUAUUAUUAUUUAUUAUUGAAAAAAAAAUAAAAAAAUAGAUUUAUUAUAACUAUAUAGGUAAAUUAUAGCAACUAUUAUUAUCAUAACUUUUCUUAUAGUAAAUACGUAGUGGCGCGACCGCGUGUAUUAUURUGUAUUUGUGUACCUAUCGUUUAGUAUGCUGCAACCGCACUCGUAGUACGCACCGUCGUUGUCUUCUGACCGUCUCUACUCGUCAUUGUUGCCCUCGCGGUUCUCGAAAUCUCCGAAAUCGUUUCAUCUGUUAUUAUUACUCGUGCCUUUCAUACGGGUCGUUCGUUUGUUGACAUACACGAAAAUAAUAUACGCGUACUACCUAUAUCGAUAUUACUAUUGGUACCUAUAAUAUACUAUACCGUACGACGAAAUAGUUGCAGAAUAGGUAUAAAAUAAACUCGUGCGCGUGUUUGCCUUCGGUAGUUUUGCGCAACAAAUACGUAGGUAUAACAUACACGACUCGGUAUAAUAAUAAUAGACAUAAAUAUAAUAAUAUAUUCUUGAAGCGAUUGUGWCUGURUGUACACGCAGUCGCGUAUCUCUCCGCGUUAAUUUGAUUUACGCACAACUCGUUUUACCUGUUUUUGACUUUAAUUAUUAUUUUCUCGACCAGAACGAUCUUUUCGUGUUUUUGUUAUUACUCCUCCCGCCGACUGCAUUAUGGCUAACGCGUUUUUUGGAGGCAUUGAAGGGGGAGCAUCGGUUUCCACGGUCGUCAUAACCAAUGGAAACGGAGACAUUUUAGCUGAAUUUAAAGGAGAAGGCACGAACCCUUGGAUUCUUGGAUUAGAACCUUGCCUGUCUCGAGUUAAUGACUUAAUUAAAGAAGCUCUUAAGAAAGCUGAUCUUAAUAACAACAUAAAAUUAAAUGGAUUGGGAUUGAGUUUAAGUGGAUGUGAAGAUCUCGUUUUUUGUAAAACAUUUGAGAAUAAAUUAAAAGAAUGUUAUCCAGACCUUACUGAUGAAGUAAUUGUUGUUAGUGAUACAUUGGCACCAAUYGCUUUAGCCUGUGAAUCAGGUGGAGCUGUUAUUAUUUCUGGUACUGGUUCGAAUAGUUUACUUAUAAAUCCAGAUGCAUCAAUAAAAAGGUGUGGAGGCUAUGGUCAUUUACUGGGUGACGAAGGCAGUGCUUUUUGGAUAGCAUUCAAAAGUAUUAAAGUAUGCUUAGAUCAUUUAGAAGAUUUUAACCAUGCUCCAAAUGGUUACUCGAUUGACAGAGUAUGGGAAGCAAUCAAAGCACAUUUUAAUAUUGAUAAAGUUCUAGAUUUGUUGAAUGUAUUUUAUGGAGAAAAAAAAGAAAAAUCAGAAAUAGCUAAAUUGUGUAAAAUAAUAUCAGAACUAGCUGAAGAUGGAGAUGAAUUAAGUCUAUGGAUUUUUAGUGAAGCUGGGAAAGAGUUAGCAAAAUUUAUACAAUCACUCUACCCAAGUGCUGAUAAAAUGUUACAUAAAGAACAUGGUGGGUUGCACGUGGUGUGUGUUGGGUCUGUAUGGAAAAGUUGGGAAUUGCUCAAAGAAGGAUUUAUGAAUCAACUUGAUCACCAUCAUAACUCACAAGAAACUGUAGUAGAUGAAUUUUCCUUAUUGGUGCUUGAAAAGACUGUUGCUUUAGGUGGAGUAUAUCUCAUCGCAAAAAAAUUAAAUUUCAAUUUUCCAUAUGAUUAUGAACAUAACUAUAGGAAACUUUUCCAUUAUGUACAUGACCGACAAGGCCAAUAAUGCAAUAGUGGAAAUUUAAUCAAAAACAAAUGUGGCCUCAUCAAUUUAAAAUGAAAUUAUUAGUUAUAAUCAUUAAGUACCAUUAGGUCUCAGAUUGGUGGCCUCUGCUCAUUUUUGUAUACUUGUUAUUUUAGCACUAUACAUUUUGUUACAAUAAUUAUACUUUAUUUAAUUUUUUAAUUUUGAAUGCCAAACUAGUUUUUAAUAGUAACAAAUAAUUUAGCCUUAGAAAAAAUGAACACUGUCAAUUAACCAUUCUUUGMAUUUUAAGAUAAAUAAUGGGUAAGUUAGUGAAAUAUUAACAAAAAUCACAAGUAUGGGGCCAAAUAGUUUUAUUGUUAAUUUUAUUUAAAUCAUUGUUGUUAUUUGUUUUUUUUUUUUAAAUUUAUUAAUUUACAAAUUUUUUAAGCCACACUGCUAUUCUUUAAGCUUAUCCAUUUGAUAAAUCAUUUUAUUUAAAAUUAUUUAAAAGCAGUAGGUAUUACCUAUGUAUACAAAUAUAUCUUAUUUGUAAUAUUAUAUUUUUACAUCACUAAAUUUUAAUGUUUAAGUAAUUUAUAUAGUGUUAUAUAGUUAACAGAAGUUGGAAAUUAUAGUUACCUCGAUAUUAUUUUAAA